GUCCCUUCUGAAUGGCGUGUCUUUAACGUGAGAGUGGAGGACUAAACUUUCAGCACGAAGAUAUGAGAGCCCUGCAUUCGGUCCUGGUCGGUGCCUUCCUGACCCUGCUGCUCUGCCUCCCCAGCCCCGGUCAUGGAGAAUCAUACUUUGGGGACAGCUACUGCAGAUUAGAUGCAUUCCAUGAUGUCUCCACCUUCCACCUGUCACUACAAAUUAAGACAAGUCGGCGAAGUGGGCUGCUGCUUCUGGCUGCAGGAACAGAAGACUACCUGUUCCUUGAGCUCCAAAAUGGGAAAGUACAGGCACGGAUGAACUUGGGGUCUGGCGAGGUGACACUGUCCUCAUCCCAAGGAGUGCAGCUGAACAAUCUCCUGGAGCACAAAAUCUCACUGACACUGCAAGAUGACAAGCUCACCAUGAUAAUUGAUGAGCUCUUUCCAACAUAUGUUCCUGUGAACAACAAGGAUGAAAAGCUCAAUGCUGACUUGGGCGUUUGGCUUGGAGGAGCAGGAGAACUGGAUAUUCCGUACCUCAGCAAUGCCAUUCCCUCUUUCCGUGGAUGCAUGACUGUGGUCAAAUUUGAGUCCCAUCAGUUUGAUAUUCUCAGCACAGUAACUAAACAAUGUCACGACACAAAGGAGUCCUGCAGCAGUGAGUUUGAGGCUGGUGAUGGCGAGGCAACUAGUUUCAGCACUCCAGAUUCCUUCAUUUCUUUCCCCACCUGGAGCAGGGCUAGUGGUGCUCCAAGGGUCUUGGAGUUCCUAAUGAAAACCACCAUUGAUGGUGCAUUACUUGCUUUCCAUCCUGGCCGAGAGUCAGACUUCGUUGCUAUUGGUGUUAUGGGUGGUCAUCUCAAAGGUGUGCUGGACCUCGGCAGCGGCCCUGAAGUACUAGAAAAUACCCACAUACAGCUGGAUGAUGAUCAGUGGCAUAGAAUUAAGGUUCAGAUCAAUCAGGAUUCUUUUGUCCUUGAUGUAGACAGCCAGUCUUCCUCCCUCCCUCUUGACUCAUCACAACAACUGGACUUAGUUGGAAACCUGUAUUUAGGAGGCAUCCAGGGGAAAAUGAAGGAUGUCUUUCGUGCAAGUGGGCCCUUAAAUAUUGUUGAGGACGUAUUGACUUCUGAAUCCUUUAUUGGUUGUUUGGGGGAAAUCAAAGUAAAUCAGAGGGACCGAAGCCUACAGGAUGCUGUGGUGACCAAAGAUGUUCAUGUUAAAUGUGAAGGAGAGGACUAUGACUACUCAAGUUACUAUGAUGUAGACGCAACUACAACUGCUCCUCCUAUUCGCAUCCGAUAUGUUGAAAUGGACAUGGACCAACAACAUUGCUACCCAUCAGAAGAUAUGCCAGAGUUAUUCAAAAAUGUAACAAAACUUAUUGAUGUCACACCAUUGCUUGUGCCUGAAGGUGGGGAAGUUUUUCUUGAUAUCAACAACUUAAGCCCUACAUUUGACCUCAGUGCUGCAGGAAUGCGCCAGUCACAGAUUAUCUUUACUCUCCUGAGUGAACCCUGGUAUGGCCUGGUUGAUAUGAACAUUAACACAAAACGCACACAAAAGUUUACUCUUCUAGAUGUUGUCAAUAAGAAAAUUAAGUAUAUGCAUGACGGAAAUGAAAGGCAUGCUGACCAAAUCCAGCUAGAGGUGGUGGCUCAAAGUAACAGUUAUCUUCCAGACUGUCUAAAAACUGCCCAUGAUUAUGUCCUCCCAGUUGAAAUACUUCCAAUCAACGAUAUACCACAACUUAGUGGAGAAGGAAUCACCAUCACAGAAAAUGGCAGGACUCGAUUGAGCUCCAGCCUUAUUAAAAUCAUGGAUUCUGACACCCGCUGUGAUGAAUUAGUAGUAACUAUAACCUCAGGGCCAUCAAUGGAAUUUGGCUACCUGGAAAAUGGUCAACAGCCAGGAAGAAGCAUCUCGGAGUUCACUUGUAGGGAUUUGAAAGAUGGAAAUAUCUAUUUUGUACAUAGAGGGGGUAGUGCUGCUGGAAUUACCUUGGACGUGUCUGAUGGACAGUCAGUAAGCCAGUCAGCUACUUUAACGUUGUCUGUGGCACAGCCACAUAUGACUAUUGUUACCAACACUGGCCUUCUCAUGUCUCAAGGAAGAAACUCCUCCAUUGGUGUUCACAACCUGGCUGUCCUCGCUCAUCCCCGUUAUGGAGAUAUUAUGUAUAACAUCACACAACCACUGAUAUUUGGAGAACUACAAAUUAUGACAAGUGAUGGAAUGUACAAGCAGGUUACAACUUUCCAUCAAUCGGAUCUGGACCAAAACCGCCUUCGAUACGUCAGCACAGACUCAAGUGACCAGGAGGAUAUCGUUGUGGAGCGGAUUCAGUUUGACACUCACCUGGGGCAGUUCUCUCUUUGGAAUAACACCUUCCUGGUAAAGAUCACCCCUGCACAAGUGAAAGUUUCUAACCUGGUUCCACUGGAGAUGGAGGCUAGUGAAGAGCAAACAAUUGGGCUUGCAGAGCUUCACGCUAAAGUAAAAGGGAAAAACCCAGAUCCACAAACUGUAAAAUACAUCCUUGUCAAGCCUCCAACCCUGGGUAGUCUCCAGUUGCUAGACAAAGAGCUGGCAGAGGGUGAUAUUUUCACCCAGAAGGAUAUUUUGGACAAUACUGUCAGCUAUAGGGUCCGGGUGCAAAGAGCUGUGGACAGUAUAGACCAGUUUCAGUUUAGAGUCUUUGCUGAGAAUCAGUACUCUCCUCUGUACACUUUCCCAAUUAACAUCCUCGGCACCGCAGAUGCUCCUGUUUUGACCAACGAAAAGCUGGUUGUCGUGCAAGGUGGUGAGCACACUCUGAACAAAAACAAUCUUUGGAUUGAGUCACCAGCUUCUACAGAUUUUGUUUACCGGGUCACACAAGGGCCAAAGUACGGGCGACUGAUCAGGGACUCCCCUCCCGGGCAGCCUAGAUUUGAGGGAGCAAUUAAAGUUUUCAGUAAUGAAGACCUCCAUCUUGACAGGCUUAUUUACAAGCAUGAUGGCUCUAAGACAAGCAGUGAUGAGUUCCUUUUCUCAGCAUUUGAUCAAGGAGAAGAAAGUUCUGACACUCACAAAACAAUGAGUGGCAUUUUCAGAAUAUCAAUCCAGUCCAAGAACGAGCACGCUCCUGUGAGGGUUUUGGAUAGAGUCUUUAACGUGGUACGCCAUGGUCAGCGUCUGUUAACGACCGAUGUCAUACAAUUCAAGGACGAUGACUCAGGUUUCAGUGACACUCAAAUUGUCUACGCUCGUGAGGGAAUCCUCUCAGGAAAUAUCGUCUCAACAUCGAAUCCAUCCCAGCCUCUUUUCCGUUUCACACAAGCCGACCUACGCAAUAAGAACGUCCUCUUCAUUCACCAUGGAGCAGAUCGGGAACGCUUCUCACUCCAGGUGUCAGAUGGCUUCCACAAGACCACUGCGCUACUUCAGAUCCAGGCUGGUGAGCCCUACCUGCGAGUGGCGAACAACACAAUCAUCGUCAUCAACCAUGGAAGCACUAAGACCCUCGACACCACCCUGCUGAGUGCUGACACCAACAUGGACAUCAGAGACGACAGCGAGAUCAAGUUCCAGAUUACAUCCCCACCUGGCGAUGGCAGAAUUAUUGUGAGUGGGAUUGAGGCUUUGACAUUCACACAGGAGGACCUGAAAAAAAGUGUUGUCUCAUAUGAGCAUAAUUACGAGAGCCUGAGGUCCAAGGACUCUUUCAGCUUCACUGUCCAAGCACGAGGACAUUUUGAAGAGGGCACAUUCAGGAUUAAAAUAUUCAAGCAAGGUUACUACUCUGAGCCUGAGGUGAUAACCAAUGAGGUAAUCAUUUCCUAUGAGGGAGAGCACACCACCAUCAACCAGAAUCAUCUCAAGGUGGAGCAAGCUGAUAUUCUGCCUACAGAAAUGGUGUUCACCAUUAAAGAGCCCCCUCGGCUUGGUCAUGUGGUCAAGCUGACAAACAGUUCAGACAUAGUGGCCUCACCGGUCCUCGACUACAUUCACACCUUCACUCAAGAGGAAAUUGAUCAGGAGCGCAUUUUUUACGUGUCUGCAUCCAUCCAGGGCACUGACGCCUUCACAGUGGAUGUCAGUAAUGGUUUUACCACAGUGGAGGACUUGCAGAUCUCUGUGAACAUUGUCCCUCGGAUGAUCCCCAUCCAGGCCUUCAACUUUACAGUGAAGGAAGGCCUCAGCAGAGUAAUUAAUACAGAGAUUAUAAACAUCUCACAUCCCUUCUACAGCUCAGAAAACAUCGAAUGGCAUGUGGAAGAGUUGCCACAGCAUGGGGAAAUCCGCUACAUCGAUGGAGAUGAAGCUACUUACUUUUCAUGGGAAGAGGUGAAACUUGGACACGUCUGCUACACGCAUGACAGCACAGAGAGCACAGAGGACAGUUUUACACUCUAUGCCUCGUCUCUUGAUAGAACCCGCCAGAGCCUCUUUGUCACCAUCUCAGUGACUGUCAUACCAGUCAACGACGAGCCACCAAAACUGACACGUAACACGGGACUGGAGGUUCUUGCUGGAGAGGAAGCUGAUAUCACAUCCAGCAUGCUGAACACAGAGGAUGCUGAUACCCCUGCAGAGGAACUGGUCUACCACGUCGAGGUGCCAACCAAUGGGAUAGUGGCGCUGGAAGAGGCUCCCGAGAAGAGCAUCCUGAAUUUCACACAGGCUCACAUAAACAGAGGAGAGGUCAUCUUCAUUCACCAGGGUGAGGGUGAGCAGUCUGGUGGUUUCAGUUUCACCGUGACAGACGGCGAGCACACGUCUCCUCUCUACCAAUUUGUCAUCACAGCCAGGCCUCUCACCAUCACCACGGUAACGCAUGAGGAGCUCAUAGUAUUUCCAGGGACGAGGCAGCAGAUCACAAGUGCCAAUCUGGGGGCUGUAACCAAUGAGGAUGGAAAUGAGAUAAGCUACUCGCUUAUCCGCCCACCUCGUUUGGGAAGACUCAUCCUGGCCAAUGACAGGAACCAGUAUGAGGAAAUUACCCGCUUCUUACAAACACAGCUGGAGUCAGGAAAAGUCUACUAUGAGCACCAGAUGCCUGAAGAGCCUUUUUGGGUGGUGACAGACUCCUUGGAGCUCACUUUGUCAUCUGAACCAGCUCCAAAUGUCCGUCACGUCCUGCCCAUCACCAUCUCUUACUUUGCUGCUCACAGCAACAUCUCCUCACAGCUGUGGAAGAACAAAGGUCUGGAAAUUGUGCAGGGCCAGAGGAAAACCAUUGACAAUUCAAUUCUGGAUGCCUCCAACCUUCUGGCUAGCCUACUUGAAGCUGAGCAAGAUGAUGUGGAUGUGGUUUUUGAGAUUAAGCGUUUCCCUGAUCAUGGUCGUAUAACCCUGGGUGGUCAGGACCUGCCCCGUAAUGCCCCAUCCUUCAUGCAGGAAGAUGUAAAUCAAGGAAAGCUGGAGUAUCUCCAUGAUGACACGGGGGCCUCUUUUGACAGUUUCUCUUUCAGGGCCCAUCUAAAGUCUGAGGGUCGUGGUGUGGCCUCACCUGCCAGCUCCGUGAUCCUGGAGGAGAUCUUUAACAUCUCAAUCAAACGGCGAGGCUCUGACCCACCUGAACUUGUUACUACAGACAUGCUCUUGGAGGUUCUUCAAGGCUCCAUGACCACCUUGACCCAGAGGCAUGUCAACACUCAAGACGAGGACAGUCCACCAGAUGAGGUGCACUUCAAGGUGACCAAAGCCCCUAGCAACGGUCGACUGGUUGACUCCAUCACAAUGGACCCCAUCACUGAGUUCACACAAGAGAUGGUCAAUCGCGGGCAGGUGGGUUUCUACAGCGAUGACAGCCUUGCAGAUGGCUUCAUGGAAUUCAUUGUGUCAGAUGGAGAACACCAAACAGAGCCACACACGCUCCACAUCGGUGUCCUAGCUCGCACCUUGCUUCUUGACAAAGCUACUGAGAUCAAGGUGAAACAAGGUGAUGAUGAGACCCUGGUGACUGAAGAGAUGUUGAGGGCCACCACCAGGGGCCCUGUUGAGGAGGACAUCCUUUACAAGAUCACAAGUGUUCCUAAGUAUGCAGCUGUCAUGGUAGACCGGCAGCCCACAUCAGCCUUCACCCAGAAACAGAUCAAAGAGGGCAGAGUCAGUGUGCGGUUUGUGAAGUCCACUUCUCCUCGAGAUAGUGUUGCAUUUAUGGCUCGCAGUCGGGCUGCCAAUGUCUCCUCUGUCCUCAACAUCACAGUCCAGCCACUGGCCAACAUCGCUCAGGACCCUCUCUUACCUCAAGGUACACUUGUCCAACUGGACAGGAAGCUUCUGGAUGCAACUCCACUGGCAAACAAGACCAGAACAUCCCCCACAUUCACUGUCAUCCAACAGCCACGGGGGGCUCGUUUUGUGAGGUCUGGAGGUCCUGGUGCAGGUCAGCCAGUGAACACAUUCAGCCACAGGGACUUGGAUGAGGGCCGUGUAGCCAUGGAAAUCCUAAAUCGCUCCUCUGGAUCACGAGGUGUUGUAACUCAGGACGAGGCCCGCUUUCUGCUCAAAGCCCAUGGGGUGCCUCCUGCCGAAUGUGUGCUUUCCUUCCAAACAGGCCCCUAUAAUGCUUCUGGGGUCUACCCUGUCACUCUGUUGAGGAUUCCCUCAGAAGCCCCAGUCACCACUCCAGCUAGCCCCCACUGGGGAGAUGUGGAGCCCCGUGGAGAUGCCUUCACUACAGCAUCUUCUGGCUCUAACUCCCACAGGAAACCACAUGUUUCCCGACGCAGCAACUUCUGGUCUAUUCUCAUCCCGAUCCUGGUAAUCCUCCUUCUCCUACUGCUGGCAGCCAUCUUGGCCUACUACCUGAUUCGUAAAAACAAGACAGGCAAGCACAACGUCCAGACGGCAGCAUCCAAGCCCAAAAAUGGAGAGGUGGCCAGUACAGAAACUUUUCGCAAAACGGACCCAGCCAAUAACAUCCCUAUGUCCAGCAUGGACUCCAAAGACGCAGACCCGGAGUUGUUGCAGCACUGUCGGACAACGAACCCGGCCUUGAAAAAGAACCAGUACUGGGUCUGAGACACCUUAAGAUACAGUAGGACACAGAGAGAGGUGGAUCCUGAAGUGUUUGGAAGCCUCCUCAAAUCAUUCCUCUCAGUAUUAAAGACCUCCUGCCACAGCAGUUUAAAUGAAAAUAAUGUUUUGACGUCAUUGGUUAUUUACUUAUCUAAACACAACUGUGGACAAAUUCUCAGGCAAUGAAACACUGAAUACUUAUUGGCAAAGAAAGAGGCAGUUUCUUAUCUUAUGAGGUUCAUGCCAUGUCUAUUUAUUUUAGUUUUAUCAUUCCUCUUUGUCAAAGGGCACAGAUGAAGACAUAAACAUGCCAUGUGUUUGCAAAAAGUAUUUUGGGUGUGCUCUGCCAUUGUAUUCUUUAUGAUAUCAUAGGCCAAUAUUAUUCAUUUAAAGUGGAUAGGUAAUUUAAAGUCUUGGUAAUAGUUUGAUUUUAGUUUUGUUGCAUCAGAAAAGUUGUGUACAUAGAUGAUGAGCUAAAUAGAUUGCUGUAUUAUCGAGAAGAUGACAAACUGCCUCUUACAGUUUUCUCUUUAUUUUUCAAUGUUUGAAAGGUACCGCUGUAUGUUGAUUCUCAGGGCUAAAUUCAGUUUAAAGAAAUAGUUUGAUAUUUUGGAAAAUACACUGAUUCACUUCCUUGCUACAAGUUAGACGAGAAGAUUGAUGCCAGUCUUGUGUCUGUAAUGUGUCUGUAAAAUAUGAAGCUACAGCCAGGACACAGUUGUGGCAGUCUUCUCAUCUAAAUCUCAACAAGACAGCCAAUAAUCUGAUUUCCCAAAAUGUUGAUCUAUUUCUUUAAUGUCAACACACAACAACAUUUCAGUAGUUCGAUGUUUGGAUGGAAAGCAGAUGGUUUAUCACUAAAAACAGUUUAAAAUCCAAAAAAAUGUUGCACAGGUUUGAUUGAAUUUAGCUCAGAGUCAUGUCAUCAUCUGUCACAUGUUAUUAUUUCUGCAUGCUUCCAAAGUGCUUGUAAAUAUUCACUGGACUGGCACAGCACUGACCACAAAAUUACAUUGUACACAGUUUGUAGACCACAGGCAGUACAUUAUUCCGGUAGUAUUGGUCUUUAACACAUCCGUAUUGGCUGACAGGCACGGGUGAGGUCAUCUUAACUUGGGAUGUUUCCAGUUUCCAAGUGUACAAUUAAGAAUUCAUAAAUACUGGUUGGUGCUGGGAUGAAUGAAUAAAAUUCUCCACUGGUUUGGUUAUGUUGAUUUAAAAUGAAGACAUUUACAGAGUUUCAGUCUUCAAAGCUAUUUUUGAUUUUAAGCAUUCCAUAUGUAAGCUGAAUAUACAGGCUGUCAUCUAUUGAAAUCAUGAGGUUUUUUUUUUUUUUUUUUUUAACUCUUUUGACUUGUUUUGUAUAUUGAGCAUUACUGUAAAUGAGACUCUCCUUAGCUGUCUUUCUUUUGUCAUGGUGACCUGUCACGGUUAAGUUAUCUGAUUGUUGAAUGUUGAAUGACAUACUUAAGCUGAAGUAGAAAGUGUACAAUGAGAAAUUCAGAAAACUUUUUUGAUCCACGAUAGAAAAGAAAGACUCAACUAAUUUUUCUGAUAAAAGUGUUUUGCUCAUUGCUGUAUAUUUCUUUUCUCCGACUGUAUACCGAUGACACCUUAUUCUACGUUAGUCAUAUACUGAAUAUACAAUUAUUUCUUUGCAGUAUUCAGCGUCUAUUGAACGUCUAUUUCUAUUUUUGUAGUGUUUUGAGAGCUGGAAAUGUAGGUAGAGAUUUUACAGACAGCACAAAGCUCAGAAAACAAUGUGUUUCAGGCUACUGUGUAUUUCCAGGGACAUUAUCUUUUACAGAUAGCUGAAAAAAAUUAUAGGUCCUUCCUUCAGGAUAUCACAUCCACAUCUUACCAUUUUUACGUAUUAAUAUUCUGUUUUGGGAUUAGAUUUCUGGGCGUCAAAGUAUAUGUGGAAAUAACUACAUUUAAUUAGACAGAUCAACUACAAAGUACGUGUGUGUGUGUGUGUGUGUGUGUGUGUGUGUGUGUGUGUGUGUGUGUGUGUGUGUGUGUGUGUAUGCUUGUGCAAGUGCCCAUCUCACUCUUCUGUUUACUCUGCUCACAGAAGGUUGAGUUCAUGGCAGAGUUUCAUCACCAUCCCUCAUUUUUCAUUAUUUAUUGUUUCUGUCACUCCCCACACAUCAAUUUGUACUCAAGUUAUGUGCUCUGUCAGAGAUUAAACUCUUAUCUGUAAACUGCAGGUGCCUUUGAAAAUAAUGGUAAUACAAAGCAAUGUUUAGAGUCUGAAAAUAGAACAUAAAUGUCUAUUAAAGCUGCAGUAUGCCUCAGAGCUUGUUCUCAGCACUAAUGGAAAUAAAAUGUUCAUGCAACCAAA